CCGAGCUCCGCGUCAGGAUCUGCUCCUGGCAAGCCUAAGCGGACAAUCGUAACGAUCCCAGACACAGAUGAGGAGCCAUACACGACGCGUUCUGUCACACGGAGGCGGUCGAACAGUCUCCCGGCGCCGCGUUUGCAGGGAGAGGGGGCGAGAAAAAUGAGGGAGUUAAUGGAAUGUGUUCUUGUUAGCCCCAGGAAAGCCGCGAAAAGAGACCACCCACCCAGCCGUCCAGCUUCCCCGCGGAAGAAACCACGAAGCACGGCAGUCACUGUCCCCGUCCCCUCGUCCCCAUCCCAUGCGCUCCGGACCUCCGCGCCCCCGACGUCGUCGAGGCGAAAAGGCGGCUUGCUGACCCCUUCGCCCUCGUCCGAGCUUCUGCGCACCGGAGCCGGCACGUCCAGGCGCACGGCCAGGUUGAAGGCAAAGUCGAAGCAGGUUCAGGACGAGGAAUACAGACUCGUCAAGCCUUUACCGCGGAGGAGGACGGCGACUACGACGAGCAAAGGCAAGGGGAAAGCGAAAGCGCAAGAUCCAGCAGCCAAUGCGCCUUCCACUUCACAUGACGAGCUGCAAGAUAUGGACGCGUCGGGCAUGGAUAUGGGUUUGGACCUCGACAUGGUGAUCCCCGAUUUCCAAAUGCUCGACAUCUCCGACGCUGCUGCGAUUGUCGGCUCGCCGGCCUACCUGCUCGGCGCGGACAAGGCCUACCUGUCCUCAGAUGCGGCUGCCAUAGUCCAAAGUAUGAAACAUGCAUUGCGUCUUGAAACGGCGGCGCGCCGCAAAGCUGAGGAACGGCUGCUGCAGGAGACCCGCAAACGGGUGGAGGCAGAGAGACAGGUAGAGGAGCUGCAGAAGCAGCUUCGCGGGACCGGGGACAAGGCUGCGGCGGACGCAGGAGAGAGCUUCGGUUCUGCGGGCGUGCUCGGCCCACUCUCGCAGACAUCUAGCCCAGCGGCGGAGAGAGCGGGAGGUGAUAGUGGACCGGGCUCAGCGCGCGCUUCCAAGGGUCCCGAGGAACCUGAUACCAGUCGCGACGGGUCAUUUACCUUCUUCUCCGGUGGGUCGUAACAUGAUGUAGCUUUAUAUAUGAUCGGUGCAUGGUCCUGCUUGUUCCCCGUCGGCCAGGUAGCCUGACGACGCCUACCCGACUUGUGACCCCUUAGACGGAAAAGUAUGGAAGUUGUGAAUGCAGCCUGCGCCUCUUGAAAUGAAG